AUAUUAUGAAAAGUUUGGCUGAGACCCGUAAGUUCUUCUCCACCGUUGAAGACGCAUGAGAAAUUGGUUUUUGUCGGGUAAACCUUGGAUCGCUGGGCCAAAAAAUCAAAGCCAGGUCGCAUCGAGUCCACACUGAUCCUCCCGCUCGACAGUCAAGAUUUGCCACAGUAAAUCACACGCUUUUCGAGUUCGAAAUAUCGUCUCCACCAGAAAAUCAUCGCUUCCUGGGGUCGUCAAGGCCGCUUCUUCCUCUCUCUCUCUCGGGCGCAAUGGGGGAGAGUUCCUCUACCACCACCGCUGUUAUGAGCACCAAUUCCUCCCCUCUCCCUGCCCAAAACCCUGACCCUCCAUCGCCGCCGGAACGCUCCCCCAAGAACCCUAGCUCACUCCCCAUAUCAGGAUGCCCAACCGACGAACCUCCUCUCCCCCACCCUCCGCCUCCUCCUCCGGCUCGGCGAUUGCCCGCCGUUAGAAUCUCUUCCGAGUAUGAUAGUGAAAGCUCCGCCUUCCUCAACAAGGUCUCUUGUAGGGUCUUCAAUGGGCUGGCCAAGAUCAAGGCACAGUUCCAGAGCAAUAGGAAUGGCGAUAUCAACUAUCCGCAGAUUGGUUUCAUCACCAAAUAUCUUUCUGUGCUCUACGAUUAUGAAGACCAAAAUGCCGUUGUCACCGGGUCGUUUGAUGUUGGGAGCAGGUUGCAGGUCAAAGGAGUGCACGAUGUCAAGAGGGUACAGCUCGGGGAGACAAAAUAUUUUCGUAUAAGGUGUUCAACAAAGUUCUUCUCUCUGUCGUGUAUUCAUAAUGAUAACAAGUCUGUCAUCUCUUGCAGUGAUUUGGGUAGUAAUUUCUUAUUCAAGUAUCACCAGAACAAGUCAAGACAAGGAGACAUUAAGUUGGUUGCGACUAUGCCUGAUCCUUCUUAUAAAGUAGAGCUGGGAUCUCCUGUUCCUUUUGCUGGUUUGCCAAGAGCUUCCCUGAGAUUUCCACAUGGAGAAAUUCUAUUAGAAGAAAAAGAAGUAGAUGAGGUCAAGCGAGCAUUAUCUGUUAGCGGGGUAUUAAAAAACAAUAUCUUGAAUGGGGUUUGCACUGCCCAAUUUAAGGACGAAGACUUGAACUUAAGAUACUCGUACAAGGAUGAACAAGUGACAUUCAUUCCAAGUUUGUCUUUGCCUUCUAAUGUGCUGUCCUUUGCCUUUAAGCGUCGCUUUGGUCCAUCAGACAAAUUGAGUUAUAUCUACAACUUUAAUUCGAGUUAUUGGAAUGCUGUUUACAAGCAUACUUUUGGCAAUGAUUUCAAGGUUAAGGCUGGUUAUGAUUCAGAAGUCCGUCUUGGUUGGGCUUCUCUAUGGGUUGGCAAAGAGGAUGAAGGAGCAAAGGGGGCUCCUAUGAAGGUCAAACUUCAGUUGAUGCUUCAAGUUCCACAAGACAAUAUUCAUGCAACGGCACUCUUGUUCAGGUUGAAGAAGAGGUGGGAUUUGUGACGACGGCGCUAUCGGCGGUGUUAUUUUUGUUGUCCUACAAUUCUAGCUUUUGUGUACAUCUGUCUCUGAAUUUUAGAGAUUUUAGUUAAUGUACAUUUGCUUUUUUUUUCCUCAUGUUGUUUCAUUUUAGCUGGGAUCAAGACGUUCAUCUCCUGGCGCUGAUUUCACUAAUAUGAAGUCAACAACUGGCCACGAAUUAUAAAUGCGAUUUGCAGAUAGUGCUGCAAAUAAGUUAGUUCUGA